CAAUGCCCGCGUCGCAGUUGAAGAGGCUGAAGCAGUCGCUGAGAGACCAGGGAAUUACAGGACCUCAGAAGUCAAAGAAGCAGAAGAAGCAGCUCUCACAGCAGCAGAGGGACAAGCGCAACGACCGAGCCGCCGCACUACAAAAUAUCCGCGAUUCCUUCAACCCAUUCGAGCUCAAGCCGACGAAUGCGCGACCCGAGAAAUUCCAGUCGGCCACUCAGAAUGGGGCGAAAGGCGCGUACAAGGCGGUCCUGCACCGGCCUGGCGUCACCAAGUCGGCGGGAGAAGAGAUGCGACGGUCGACGCUGCUUCCCGAGAUGAGAAGACGAAAUAAAGUGGGUGGGCUUGUGGAUCGCAGGAUUGGCGAGGGCGAUGCGCAGAUGACGCCUGAGGAGAAGGCCGCGCAGAGAUUUGCCAGAGAGAAAGAGCGAGCUGCCAAAGGAAAAAGUCUUUUCGACCUGGAAGCCAGCGACGAGGAGACUGGUGGUGGAUUCAAGCUUACUCACGGCGGCAAGGGCCUGGAAGCUGUAGAAGGCGACGACUUUGGUGAGAGUGUCAGCGGCGGCAGCGACGAUGAGAGCGAUGACGCCUUCAUGCGAAAGAAGAGGCGGCGCUCAGAUGUCGAGGACGACGAAGAGGCCGGAGAUGUAGCAGAAGACCAGCCGGAGCGAAAGAAGACGAAAAAAGAAGUCAUGGAAGAGAUUAUUGCCAAAAGCAAAAUGCACAAAUACGAGCGACAGAAGGCGAAAGAGGACGACGAUGACUUGCGCGAAGAGCUCGACAAAGGGUGGGGAGAUAUUGAAGCACUUCUGCAGGGAGUGAAGAAGCCGCCUCCACCUCCCAAACAGUCCGCGUCUGCAGCUCCCUCGAGCAAUGGUCCCACAGUCAAUCCCGACCGGCAAAGGCUUCUCGACGGCAUGGACCGUGACAAGGCAGAUAAGGAAUAUGAUGUGUAUCUGAAAAAGCUUGCGAAUGAGGCAAGAGCACAGCCAUCAAACAAGAGCUUGACUGCGGAGGAGAAAGCUGAGAAGGAGGCGAAGAGGCUGAAAGAUCUUGAGGAGAAGCGAUUAAAGCGUAUGCAGGGCGAGGAAGUGUCCGAGGAUGAUGCUGAAGCAAAGAAUGAAGACGUUCAAGCUGAAGGAGACGAGGACAUUCCAGAUGAGGCCGCAGAUUUUGGUUUCACGUCGACGAUACAGCCCAAGAAGCAGAAGACGGAACAGCUUGUACUGGAUGACGAGGACGAAUUUGCCCUGGAAGACGGUUUGGUUGCGAGCGAGGACGAGAUCGAGGAUGUUGAACUAAGCGAUGAGGAGGAAUCUAGAAGCGACGACGAGGAUGAAGUUGACGGCGAGCAGAAGCCUCCUGCGGACGAAGAGGAUGAAUUCGUCAAGGAUAUUCUCGGCACAGACAUGGUUAAGUCGGCAUCUGGCGCGAACGACACGCCAGUAUCGACUGGCCCUCGAAUCUCAUAUACAUACCCUUGUCCGAGGUCCCACGUGGAGCUUCUGGACGUUAUCAAGAAUAUUCCGGUAGAGCAACUGACAACUAUCGUCCAGCGCAUCCGAGCACUCUAUCAUCCUUCGCUGUCAGCUUCGAACAAGGAAUGCAUGGGAGACUUCUCAUCUGCCCUAGUGGACCACCUAUCUUGGAUGGCUGAUCAAAAUCAACCCAUGGUGAUCAUUGAGCAAAUAAUUCGCCACCUGCACUCUUUGUCACGAACUUAUCCCAAUCUGAUCGGCGAAGCAUUCAGGCGGCACAUUGCCGCUUUCAGCGAACGUGGCCAGCCAACUUCAGGCGAUCUGGUGCAGUUGACUGCGAUCGGUUCGAUCUACCCAACAAGCGACCACUGGCAUCAGGUUGUAACACCAGCCAUCACUACCAUGGCAAAGUGGCUUGCUCUAAACGCUUCUUCAACGUCAAAGCCGCUGAGUGCCAAGACAUUGUCAAUCGGCGCUUUCCUCGUGGCACUUUGCUUGAAGUAUCAACGUCUCAGCAAGCGGUAUAUUCCCGAGGCUAUCAGCUUCACACAGCGUGCUCUCGCAAGCAAAGUCGAUUUUGCUCUGCUUGCUACACAUGUAGUCAACCUGACUGCUAUGGCAGACCUCUGGAAGGACAAGACCGCAUUCAUCGAAAUCUUCAAGCCUAGCUUACCACUUCUGAAGCGACUCAACCAAAAAGGCGCUCACACUCACAUAUCAGUCUUGAUUCAACAAGCAAGGCAACAGCGUCGACCUCUUGAGCUCCAUCACCACAAGAAACUACCCAUUCGAACCUCAAUACCUAAAUUCGUGGAGGACUUCAACCCUGAUAAGCACUACGAUCCAGACAAGGAGCGCAGUGAUGCAAACAAGCUGCAGAAGGAAUACAAGAGGGAGAGGAAAGGUGCUCUUCGCGAGCUUCGGAAGGAUGCGAACUUCAUUGCGAGAGAACAGCUCAAGGAGAAGAGAGAGCGCGAUGCUGAGUAUGAGAAGAAGUACCGUAGGCUCAUUGCGGAGGUGCAGAACGAGGAGGGUCAUGCUGGUAAGGAAUAUGAGAAGGAGAAGAACAGGCGGCAG